AGCGAGGCGUACAGACGUUGGUGACGAUACGGACGGGCGCACGGCAAAAUGGCGGGAAACUUGAACACGACGUUAGUCUCGAGGAUGGUUCAACGGUCCUCGAUAAUCUUAUCACGUCGAACGUCGUAAUUAUCAUGUCAUGUCGCGUGGUGCCCAUCGCCCGCGCCUUCGCAACUCGCAGCUCUCUCUAUCUCUCUUUCUCUCUCGGACGAUCUCAAGACGUCAACGAGCGCGCGACUGCGUAAGCGUGAUACGCGAACAGUCGACGGAGGAGAAACCGACUCCGACGAAAAACAAACGAAGCGGCACCAAGAGGCUCUCCACUCUCGAAAGGACCGCUCAGGAGGGCGAGGCAAUCUUAAAGGGCAUGAACAAAUCCGCAGUCGGUGAAGUAGAAGGCAGGAGACGCACUCGCAGUUCAGCCAGAGGCCUAACUUCGACAACGCCAGUGCCAUCGCCACCCAAGAAGGAAAAGAGGGAACCAUCGACGCGGGGUGGUGGUGGUGGUCGUGGACGUGGACGACCCAAGAGGCAGGAAAAGAACAAUGAGAACAACACAGACGAUGAAACAUCCAACAACAAAAGCGAAAAACACACGGAAGAGGAAUCUACAAAGAUGGAAGUAGACGAGGAGAAAGAGGAAAAGGAGGAAAGUAAGACGAUACAAAACGAAGACAAAAAUGCGGAGGGUGCGGACAGUAAAGACAGUAAAGACGUUGAGAAAGUGACAGAUACCAAUUCCAAGGACGAAAAAGUGACGGAGGAGUCGGAGAAUGUGGUGGACGAAGCUAAAAGUACCGCUCCCAGUGAAGAAAAGAAGCAGGAGGAAAUGAAGGACAGCUCGGAUUCGAGUCAAGAUGCAACCGACACAGCAGCAGAAGCGCCGCCUUUAUCCUCAUCAGAGUCCCAAAAUCCCUCCAACACUGUUACUACUGAGGAAAAUAAGGAAUAACCUCCCUUCGCCUGUUUUACCACUACUUUUAUGAGGUACCAAGGCGGCGCACAUAUUGGGGUCACACAAAUCCAGUCCCCCUUCGUCUAUUUUAACUAAUUAACACCUUCUUGUCGAUCGUUGUUUCAACCAGCGCAAACUUUUUUGUUAAGAUACUGUUUUUAUUUUAUCAUUAUCCUUAUAAUAAUGUGACUUUUUAGAAAAACAUAACAAAAAUGUAAAAUCUGCUACGCUAGUACAAAUUAAGUGAGACACUUUUUUUCUCUGCCUAUGUUAUAUACUAUAUUAUGUCUUUUUCGUAGAAAAGGAUUAUAAUCUAGGAAGAGAUAACUAAAUCGUUACUCUAGCGUUAAUUCAAAUUAUCGAUGUAAUUUAAUCUUGGAAACCUUUCAACCAUUUAGAGUUUCUAUAUCUUUUGAAUCUUCAUGUUCUCUUCCACAUUAUUACUAGUGCUACUUUCUAGUAUCAAACUCUGUAAAGCUAAUCUAGCCAGACUAAUUUUUGUUUAGCUUUAAUUAACAACGUUCUUUUAUGGUGUUUUGUGUAGCAUGUAUAUUAUAUUUAUAUCUUAAUUUUAUUGUUUUUGUCGAGUAAUAUAAAAAUCUUGUCAUUGCGCUGGUUAAUUAGCGAUAAGCAACGCGAGGUGUAGAGCAUACGUUGUUCAUGUACAAUGAUAAUAUUAUUGUAAAAUAUAUUUAAUAUGGACUUAUAUAGAGAGAAGUUGUUUUCAAAUCAGAACUGACAUCCAGGUCCUAUAGUGUAAUGCCUAUGAUUCAGAUCUGAUGUGGAAGUAGCUAAAGAUUAAUUCGUACAUAGCAAAUUACUGUAAUACCUUUAUCGUAUAUAAAUAGUGACUGAAUGAAGUGGAAUAUAUGAGAACUAUGGUGAAAUGAUUUCUCUUUUUCAUGAAUUAAACGAAAAUAAAAUUUCUGAGAAACGCGCGUUACAGCAUUAUCUAUGUUUUCCUCCCUCGCAUAAGUGUCUACUAAUAAUUUUUAAUUCAUUUUCUAAUCCUUACUUUUAUCGACAGACGGACUAACAUUUCAGCUGAUCACGUGUUAUAAUUUUUUUUUCUUUAAAUUUAAAGAUUCUUGAUUACAGAAUUGAAAUUUCUCACUGUUGUUUCGUUCGCUUGAAAUCAUUACGACUUUUUAUUGCGAGAUCUUUCAGAGCAUCCCUGUUCUUAUUAGUCCAAUAUUAAAUAUGUUAAUAUUAUUGUGUAUUUGAACUGUGUAGCGAAUGUACAGAUAGAUUAUACAAUUGAUGCACUUAUAUUUAGAGGAAAUCGCACACACCCGAGACACCAAUAAUACGCGAGUCUAAUACAGUAUGUAAAUGUGUGCAAUGAAGAAAGGGAUUCUCGUAGAAAUGCGGGGAUCUUGCAAUGAAAAUUAACAAUAUGUAUUACGCGAUGAAACUCGAAGGAUUUUAUUGGCCUUUAAUGCCAAAUAGGUUUGCCUAUAUAUCAAGUAUAACAAGCACGAGAGUAUAAAUAUUUCCUUGUAAGUUGCACUUCCGAAGGAUUUAUCGAAACUGUAUGUUACGAAGGAACAUAGAUCUUAUCAUUCCAUUUUACUUUUUCUUUUAUCAGAUCAAUGAUAUAUCCAUCUGAGAUUUUCGAUUGUAAAUAGUGAAGAUCAAGUGUAAUAUACGUGUAAAUAGUUUAACAUUAAGCUUCGUGUAUCACACUGGACCUUUUCUUGAUUACCUUGUGAAAUCUCAGUUCUUAUAGAGUGCCUCUAGCGUUAGCACGUUGUAUAAUAUAUGAGCGUAGAAUUCCGGCGAUUAAAAUCAAAACCAAGCCCUGUAAUAGCGAGUUUACUACCGCUUUUAAGAUGUACCGUAGAGAUAAUAAUUUUUUUCGCAUGUAUCUUAUAUGGAAGAGAAUAUUGUACGGUUCGAUAUUAGAAUUUCUAUAAAUAUAUAUAUGCAUAUAUAAGAGUAUCCAGUUUCGUUGACGAU